AACCCUGUGGUAGUGGCCCCUCUGUUAUUCGGCAAGUGGUCCUCUGGCGAGAAACGAAAGACGCGGCGUGUGGUACAAUCCAUAUCACAAACUCUCAGCGUCGGGCUACUUGAUCACAUCUGUACUUCCUUCCUUGAUACGUCCAAGGGCAAGCAGUGAGUACUUGUUCCUCUUCUCAUUGUUUCCGCAUUCUACCAUGCCCUGUGUCGUGGUCCCAGGCGAACAGACCAAGUAGGCCACACUGACCACGAUGUGGUUAGUAGUAUCCUUUGAUGCCAAGUAGCCCAACUCCUGGACACUACACACAGGUUAAUGUCCUUUCUACGGUGCGGGAGAUAGAGGUACUUCAAGAAAAACUCCAAGCAACAGAAGACGAAGAUGAACACCGAGCGCUGGAAGAGGAUAUCACAGGAAAGAUUCUGUGGUUCUAUUGGCGUGGCAUCCGUUCAGAAGUGGACCAAAUACUGGCCAAGGUCAAGAAUUUCACUCGGGAAGGAACGAGUACUAGGAUGAUAUCGGACGUUCCUACUCACCGGGAUUUAGGUGACAUUGCGGAGAUUAUAAAGGAAAGCCGACGGAUGGAGCUGGACGACGAUAUGGCUCACUUGCAGCGGAUCAUGCUUGAUGCAGGCGCAGGCAUAUCGAGACAUCAGUUAUGGCUUGCCAGCCGGCCUGCGGGGUUAGCCGGGUUGUCAGGACUUCCGGGAGGUAACCCUAUUCUCGGUGCUCAAGAGAAUGUUUCGAGCAUAAGCCCGGAAGCGCCCUCCACUUCAACUGCACUAGACGCUAACAAGAGGAGAUUUCGACUUUCCCUACGCAGGUUCAACCUGUAGACGAGGACGGCGACGUCGAUGGGGACCACAGUGCCUCAUGCGAUGUCAACUGAGCUCGAAGGCCGAAAGCGUGCGUCUUUGUUGUCAUACCGUAAAUGCAUAUCGAGUACAUGUACAAACCGCUAUACCCCACUGUAGAUUGGUUGUCG